AUGAAUAAUCCAACAAUUUCAGAAAAGAAUACCAUGUUGAAUGCCGAUAGGAACGAGGACUUUUCAGCCUCAGCUCCAGCUCCAGCUUCAUCGUCUUUAUCAGAUCUUCCUCCAUCAUACGACACAACCCAACCUCAACCAGUACCCCAAUUUCAACAUGAUCAACAAUCACAACCGUCAGAAGACUUGCUUGUUCUUGUUAUUGACGACUGCAAAAUCUACUCUGCGUACGCACCAACCCGCACUCUUUAUCGACUGAGCAACCCGGUAUAUGACGCAAACCGUACCGUCUACGGAAUCGAGAAGUUCCGCUAUCGCAUGGAUGACACAGGCACUGAGUCUAAACUCAAACAUGUUGAAGAUCACAUCUACGACAUAAGCCGCGAGGUCCAACUCAGAGCACUGCCAACUAUACAUAUCAAAGGCUUCACAAGCAGCAAGCGCACUUAUAAGACUGUCAACAUUGUAGAUGCAACAAAAGUAGGGGGAGGUUACAAGGUUGAGGAAGAUAAUGCCGACAAGGAUGAGAUACUUCGAACCGAGAGGCCCUUUAAAGAUCUUCUUAACCAAGGACGUGGCAAUACUGUUGAGUGGAAGGAUGCUUCGGGACAUGUCAUUGCUAUCGAGACUAAGCUGCAGCGUGAUGAGAACAAGAACGUCGUGGAACCGCCUCGUCUUGCUAUCAAGGCUACCAUUAACGACAAGCUUUAUGAUUUGCUGGUGACGAGUUGGUGUGCAGUUAUUUGGAGGGAGGCCAAGCAUGAUUUGAAAGAGCCUUUUACAUGGCAGAAAUUUAAAGAUAGGGCAACAAUGUUGCCACGCAAGGCCCCAGGUCUAUGGCAUGGUUACGACUGUAACAUUUCGGGCAACUACACCAUCAUCGAUUCACCAGACGGACAAGACGGAAUCUCAUCCUGCAAAGACGUCGACGGAUCAUUAUCACUUCUUUUCGACAAGAGCCCUACAUCAUGGCCUACCGACGAGGCCACAGUCGAUCUCGGAACCGUUAGUUCUCUUACUGGCAGCCUGGACAUUUACCCCCAUCACCAUUCCAAAAAGACAACAGUUACAGCUUCGAGUUUAAAGUCCAUAGACGGUGAAUUCACGAUAUGGAACACGGGAACCGGCAAAGACAAAACGGUUGAGGAGCUUGACUUGCUCUUCGAUGCCCUGGAACAAGUCGGCAAGGGCUAUGUCAUCACCAGCGCCUUCGCCAAGUUAUCCAUCCAACACAAGAAGGAUGUCGAAGUCGGCGCUAUGAUGAGAGUCACUGAAACAGAAGUCGAGGAGCUCGUACUCAACGGAAUUCAUACUGUCAAUGACGACUUUAUGAUUGAUGCCAACAGGUACAUGGAGGAAUUGGACGUCCCAGCUCUGACCUACGCAAACAAGGGUUUCAGCGUCAAGGGAAACAACGCCCUCACCAAAGUCUCGUUCCCUAAGCUCAAAGAAGUCAAGGGAAACUUGGAGUUCAACCAGAACGGUGCUCUAACUAAACUUCGUCUCGCCGCUCUCGAAAACGCAGCCACCAUGUCUAUCACCGCCAACGGCAAGGAAGGUUCCUUGCUGCUCCCCUAUCUCUCAUCCAUUGGAAACAGUACUACCUCGGCAACUUCAAAUUUCAAGGGUCUCGACAAGAUUGAGUUUUCGUCUCUUGGAAAGGUCAAGGGUUCUUUGACUUUUUCCUCCAACUAUUUCGAGGAUCUGACCAUUCCGCUCUUGAAAGAGAUGGACGGCGGUAUCACUGUUGAAGAUAACCCAUAUCUAACGACCUUUGCUCUCCCCAGAGCUACUUAUGUUGAUGAGUUGACUAUCGACAGCAACGAUGGACUCACAAAUAUCACAGCCAACGCUCUCAAGUCUGCCGGCACCAUCGCGAUCAAGGGGCCCUUCACCAAUGUUGAAUUUUUCAACCUCAAAGAGGUCACCGGAGACUUCAAGGUUGUGGGUGACAAGUCUAUGGACUGUAGCUGGUUUGAUGCCAAUGUCAAGAAGAUUGUCAAGGGCAAGUAUUCUUGCGUUGGAGACCACGAGGAGAAGGAGAGGAAGUCAAGCACCGGUGGUAUCGAGGACACUGAAGGCAACCCAAAAGACUAUAUGUCACCUGAAGACGAAGAUGACAGUGAUGGGAGCGGUAGCAGUGGGGAAAGUGGAAGUGGAGGUAGCUCAGGUACUGGCGACUCUGACGACAAAGCAGGCUCAGGAGGAAUGUCAACUGGUGCCAAAGCCGGUCUUGGAAUCGGUAUCGCUGUUCUCGUCGUCCUCAUUAUGGUCGGGGCAGUUAUGUUUUGGCUCUGGCGUCGCCGUCGUGCUGUUUCACAGCCCAACAACACCAUUAGCAAGCAACCGGACUUGAUGGGUCUCGACCCACCACGUCUCGGUAGCAGCGGUGGUACAUCAACAUUCUCCAGCAUCUUUGACGGUCGGCAAAAGAUGGGAGUGCAUACCCGGAUUGUGGCCACAAACCCGUUGCCCAGCCCAUCUCCUAGCCUGGGCACUUUGAAUUUCGGCCGCACUUCGCUUAUCGAAAGCUCUGGCACCUUUACUGAGAAGAGUCUUGCUGCAUGGAAGACUAUUCGCAGAGUGAGUGAUUCUUCCGGUGCCUCUAGUCCUUUUGGAAAGGAGGGAGCUGGUCCGUUUAAGGGUUGA